ACUCGUGCGCCACGUUGUAAUCGCAUAGCCGCUUCGUCUAUUGAGUGAUGGAGAAUGGUAUAGUGCUCCUCUCAUGUAUAGGUCUAAUGAUGUCGGCUACACUCACUACACACCCGUGGCGUAAUGCCGCAGAUCCCCCUUGCCUUCCUUUUUCUUGGCUUUUCUCUGCUCAACAUGCAUUUUCGAUAAUUCCCCUUAACUUCCUUUCCUGGGAUGGUGAAUCAUGGCUCCAUCAGAAGAGUCACUACGUACCGAUCCGCAUGCUUGGGAGACAGCCACAACAGUCCCUGCGCUUGUCCUUCGUUUUGCCAGAUACGCAGGAUCUAUCACAUGGCCCAUGUCUCAUCAAACCGAUCGGUUCUGUUCUUAUACGUCAACAACAAUUUUUGAUCGCUCUCCCCUUAAAGCUUUCAAGAUGCCUCCCCAUCCGCGGAACCAGGCUGGUAGAGUUUCCCUUCCAAGAUGUUUUCUCCCUUUGUCAUUCGUUCGUUUCUUUUCGUCGGCUGUCUGAUACGCAGCAUACGUGCCACUCCUUUAGUCAGCGUAACUUUACCGUCACUCAUUCCAAUUCCUAGCCCAACUGGUGUACCACCAUAUGACACGAUACCCUCAAACAAUAAGACCGAAAGAUGGGACAGUCCAGAAUACACAUGGAUCUUCCAGUAUCCCCUUCCAAUACCUGCUGUGAAGGAGGUCAAAUUCACCUACACCAAUGAGACCACCGGUGCCCUUAUCGACUACUACGAGGUGGAGGUCAAGGCUGCUACCCAACAAAUAUACCCUAAUUUGCCGGCAACCACUCUAUACACAUACGAUGGGUCAUCGCCGGGACCGACAUUCAUGAUGCAAAAAGGGCGAGAGGCAGUAGUGCGAUAUACAAACACCAGUCCAACAAACUCAUCAGUCCAUGUUCAUGGCCAGUAUAAUCGUGCUCCAUUCGAUGGCUGGGCCGCAGAUUACGCAUUCCCCGGUCAAUACAAAGACUACUACUAUCCGAACGCACAGAACGCUCGAACUAUCUGGUACCAUGACCAUACUGAACGCCAGACUGGCGAAAAUGUAUACAGAGGUCUCUCUGGCUUUUACAUCAUAACGGACGAAGACGAACAAGCCCUCGGUUUGCCAACUGGUGACCAUGAUAUCCCUCUAUCCUUGAGUGCGAAGACAUACAGUCCUGAUGGCUCUCUCCUUUUCGAUACGAAUAAUAAUACGGGACUGUGGGGCGAUGUAAUCCAUGUAAACGGUCAGCCAUGGCCGUACAUGAACGUUGAGCCACGCAAGUAUCGUUUCCGCAUUCUCGACGGUACUAUCAGCCGUUCCUUUGUCCUAUACUUGCAAGACGAUGCGACUGAAGAGACCGUUGACUUCACCAUGAUCGGCUCGGAUGGAGGGCUUUUCUCCCACCCUGUCAACACAUCGAGCUUCGCUAUCGCCGAAGGUGAACGCUACGAGAUCGUCGUCGACUUCGCCAACUUUCAAGGCAAGAACAUCACGAUGCUCAACGAGCGUGGAAUGGCAGGAAACCUCGAUUACGCCGCGACCGACCGCGUCAUGCGCUUCGUAGUCGGCGACACCGUGAUAGAUUGCACCAACAACGAUCCCAUACCAUCCGACCUUCGUUACAUCCCUCCACCUCCGGAAACCAACGUCACCAAGAGCUUCAAGUUCUCCCGAAUCGACGGCGAGUGGCUUGUCAAUGGUGUAGGCUGGGAGGAUAUCGAGAACCGUAUUUUGACAAGACCUGUACUGGGAGAAGACGAGAUCUGGGAGUUGAGACACGGAGGUGGGAAUGCCUCGCAUCCUGUUCAUAUCCACUUGGUCGACUUCCAGGUGCUGUCUCGUACGGGUAACCGUAACGAGGUGAUGCCAUAUGAGGCAGCGGGUACGAAGGACGUCGUGUGGAUCGCUCCUGGUGAAGUUGUCAGGGUUGUGGCUCGCUACGCACCGUGGGCAGGUGUUUACAUGUUUCAUUGUCACAACCUCGUCCACGAGGACCAUGACAUGAUGGUCGCGUUCAACGUCACGAACCUUGAGAAAUGGGGCUACGAUAAUUCCACCAUGUUCAUCGAUCCCAUGGAGCCCAAGUUCAGACCGAAGAACAUUGACGACGCAGACUACACAGAAGAGGCUAUACGAGAUAAGCUGGACUGGUUCUACAGCCUCAACGCUUACGACGAGCGCUCUGAAGCGCUCUUUGAGUAAGGAGGCAUCGUCACACGUAGCCGAGCCUUUACGUAACCCACUCUUUUCCUUGCAUAUAUACCAAUACCAUUUGUUUGUCU